GUGCGUGCGCGACAGCGACAGAGCAAUGGCGACAACAAAGACGACGCAAAGGACGACACAAUGAACGACGCGCGACAACAAGCGGUGCAGCGGUCGGCGUCGCGAGCCGUGAAGUGCGUCGUUGUGGGCGACGGCACAGUCGGCAAGACGUGUCUUCUCAUCUCCUUCACGACGGAUUCGUUCCCCGGCGAGUACGUGCCCACAGUGUUCGACAACUACUCCUCGCUGGUCACGUGCGACGGCCAGGCGGUGUCGCUCGGGUUGUGGGACACGGCGGGACAGGAGGACUACGACCGCCUGCGCCCGCUCUCCUACCCACAGGUGAGCCUAUUAUUGCUGUCACGUGACACUAACCAAUACUCUAUCAGACGGACGUGUUUUUGGUCUGCUUUUCGGUCGUCUCUCCAAGCGUUGGAAGCGAUGAUAGAGUUGACAAUAAUGUCUUUGCAGUUGGAGAACGUGACGGUGAAAUGGGUGCCGGAGAUCCGCCACCACUGCGCGGACGUCCCGAUAGUGUUGAUCGGCACGAAGAGCGACUUGAGGGAAGACCGCGAGACCAUCGCCUCGCUGGCCAGUUGUGGCCAAUCGGUGGUGCGGAGGGAACAGGCGCUGAAGACGGCGCACAAGAUCAAGGCCGUGAAGUACAUGGAGUGCUCGGCGCUGACGCAGCGCGGCCUCAAACACGUGUUCGAGGAGGCC